AUGAAGGCGCUUGACGCACAGGGCGUGAUUCUUCACAGCCUUCGCACUAAAGUCGUCGAGUUCCAGACCAAGUACCCUUCGGUGAGGGAAAAGUCGGCAGCUUCGAUUGCUGCUAUUCAUCUCGAGAACCAGAAGCGGAUCCAAACGGACGUCAUUAAGACCAAGGAAUUGGAGGUUGAAGAGGCGCUGGCGGUUUCCGAUUCACACCUCACGGCUCUGGCGGCUAGGCUUGAGGAUCACAUCAAACGCCUCUCGUCUGAUCCUGAUUUGACGAUUUCUGAUGUCGCCAAAGAGAAAUUCAGGAAAAUCAAGGUUCAGUGCAUCGAGAGGGCCAGAUGCGAUAUUGCCACCGCCAAGGACGACAUCAAAGUUCAGGAGCUGUUGAGGCAGAAAUCCCGUGAAGCCGAGGAGUUGAAGAAAUCUGCUGCUGCUGAGGAGAUGGUCGGCAUGGAACCUAAGUUGACUAUCGACGAGAUCGUACAGAAGCAGGUACAGAAGGCGAAGGUCGAUAUCCGCAAGGAAUUGAAGGCGGAAUUUGACGCUGCCCUAUCUGCCAAGCUGAAGUCGCUCGAGUUGGACAAGCAGGAUGUGAAGUCAACCCCCGCUGCUGCUAAUCCGAAGCCUAACAAGGCCAAGAAGAAGCGCGGCGGUAAGAAAAAGAAAGCCGAUGUCCCGGCGGACAGCAAAGGGAAGGGCCUCGCUCACCUCUACUACUACGGUUCUCUCCCUCCCCACCAUCUGCUCCUCUCUCCCCUCCCCAACCCCAGUGACGACCUCAUCUCCUUUGUGAAGAAGCGCCUGGGCCUGUCAGUCGCUCACCUCUACUACUACGGUUCUCUCCCUCCCCACCAUCUGCUCCUCUCUCCCCUCUUCAACCCCAGUGACGACCUCAUCUCCUUUGUGAAGAAGCGCCUGGGCCUGUCAGUCGCUCACCUCUACUACUACGGUUCUCUCCCUCCCCACCAUCUGCUCCUCUCUCCCCUCUUCAACCCCAGUGACGACCUCAUCUCCUUUGUGAAGAAGCGCCUGGGCCUGUUCACUCACCUCUAUACUGAUGGAAACAGAUAUGCCAGAGUUUAA